AUGUCGAGUUUGAGGUUUCUUUGUGACGAAGAAAUAGAAGAUGUUUUUGGAGAGAGCAGCGGUGAUAACGAUAGCAAUUUUGGUUAUGAUAAUACUGAAUUAGUUUUAAAUGAAGACGAAGAUUUAGACUACUUAUUAUCAGAUGAUACUGAUAGAUCUGAUAGCGAUGAAAACCAAAGUCAGAAUGAAGAAUAUGAAGAAAAUAAUAACGAAAUCGCUGAUCCAUUAUUCAUUUCAAAAGAUGGUCGAAUAUGGAAUUCUGAACCUACUUCAAAUCAGUCUGGGCGAAUAAGAUCUGAAAAUAUUAUUACUCUUCCACCAGGUGUUACCAGAUAUGCUAAAUCUCGAAUAGAUACGCCAAAAGAUGCGUUUCUGCUUUACUUUCCUAAACAAAUUGAAAAAAUUAUAAUUGAAAAUUCAAAUGCAUUUGGUCAAGCAAAAUAUGGACUUCAACAUAUAGAAAUUGAUUCAAAUUUGCUUUACGCAUAUAUUGGAGUUUUAAUUUUAGCUGGCGUAUAUCGAUCAAAUAAUGAAACAACCGAUGAAUUAUUUGAUGAAGAUAAUGGUCGACCAAUAUUCAGGGCUAUAAUGCCACAAAAAACAUUUCGUUAUUUGAAUAGCAUCAUUCGUUUUGACAACACAAUGAGUAGAAGACAACAAAGUUCAUCUGAUAAGUUUGAACCAAUUCGAGAUUUGUUUGAAAAAUGGAACAACUUGUUGCCAAAUUUUUACAAUCCAUAUGAGUCUGUUACUGUAGAUGAACAAUUAUUAGGAUUUAGAGGAAAAUGUCCAUUCCGUCAAUAUAUGCCAUCUAAACCAGCAAAAUAUGGUCUAAAAUUUUGGAUGUUAGUGUGCUCUAAAACGUACUACGUAUGGAGAAUUCAACCUUACCUUGGAAAACCGAUUGGUGCUCUUACAUCUGAGCGAAAUCAAGGGCAGCGUGUAGUGUUAGAUUUAGUUGAUGGCUUGAAAGGACAUAACGUUACAAUCGAUAAUUUUUUUUCGUCACAUGAACUUGGCCAAAUACUUUUUGCGAAAGGGCUAACAAUGGUUGGCACAAUGAGAAAAAAUAAAAGAAGUAUCCCUCCAAAACUUUUGGAGUGUCGAAAACUACCGUUAUAUACAUCAACAUUUGCAUUCACAGAAAAUACGGUUUUGGUUUCCUACGUGGGAAGAAAAAAUAAAUGUACAAUUUUACAAAGUACCUUCCAUGACUCUAAUGAUGUUGGAUGUGGACCUAAAAAAUUGCCUGCUAUUAUUGAUUAUUUAUAA